ACUAUUCGGCCAUGUUUGUAUUGAUCUCCUCGCAACGGAACAACGUUAGCUCGUUUUUGCUCGUGCACGUCGUGGGAGCCCGGGCUGUCGAUAGCCCGCGCAUGCGCUGUAGUCGUUUCAAUUUACCACCCUCCCCCCCCCUAACCCCCGCGCCUGCUACUAGUACAAAACACAGUGUAAACUCCCGUCUCUCCCGACCGCUUUAUUUUCCUUCGUGUACGCUGUAGAGUGCUGACGUCUGUAAUUCACCGCGGAUCGACAUAGUAUUAACGCAGCACAAAACGUUUGAAUUUCUGCAUUAUAAAGAUGUCCAAAAAUCCACUCAUGAACUGUAAGUCGCGUAAGCAACGUAAGAAUACAGGUCCAAUUCUCGAACCCAAAGAAAAACUAUUUUGUCCUCGCACAAUGGUGAGGUACGAUAAUACAAAAACCGUAUACAGCACUGUGUGGUCGUGUAAAAUGUGUCUAAAGAUCCUUUUGAGUGAAGAGGCUGCUCGGUCACAUGUAAUCAAUUGCAACGACAAAAAACAAAAACUAUUAAAACCUAAACAAGAGCCUAAAGAUGAUGUUGUUCUUCCUUAUAUAUGUAGCACCUGUAACAAGGUGUUUUCGAGGAGUGUUGCGUUGAAGAGACACGUUGAAGUGCAUCAAAAGCCACCUAGUGAUUUUGAGUCCGAAGAAUCUGAUAAUGAAAUGGCCGAUAAUGGUAAACGUGUAAAAAUUAAAGCUGAACAUAUAAAGAAAGAAUAUAUAUAGUCGAUUCUGAUUGAUUAAAUGACAGUGAUUUAAUCUAAUUUUAUUUCAUUGUGUUCAUAUUAUUUUAAAUUCAAUCAACUACCUAUUAUUAUUAUUUUUUUUUUUUUUUAAUUACUUAUGGCUAGGGCUCGAAAGUUGAUGCAUUUUGCAUUUUUUUAAUUUUUUUAUUUCCCUAUUUUAAGGACUUAUGUCAUAUUUGCAUUUUUUUUUAAGCUAAUAUUUUAAUAUUUUUAAAGUCAUCAACUUCCGAGCCCUACUUAUGACUCUUAGUUUAAAUUUAACAAAUGCUAUAAAAUCCUAGCCCUACUUAUGGGUAAUCUUGUGCUUUUUUUUUUAUAGAAUUACAAUAUUUUGGUAGUUAUAACUAAAUAUUUAACUUUGAAUUAUGAAAUAAAUUGAUCCCAAUAAAUAAUA